GUUUCGUAUGAGGAAGGAGAGAGGAGGGCGUCGAAGGGUUUUAAGUUGCCGGCGACGUCUUUAGUGUUUCUCUUCAGCCUAAUUUACCAGAUUCGUUGCUGCUUUAGAUAGCUUUUGGUCGACCCAUUGACUCCCAAGAAAGUUAAGAUGGAUUGUGAGGAAUCUCUCAUUCUGAUUAAACAAGGAGCUGAAGCUAGGGUGUUCGAGUCUACAUUCGUGGGAAGAAGAUCCGUUGUCAAAGAACGGUUCUCGAAGAAAUAUAGACACCCAAUUCUGGAUUCGAAACUCACACUCAAACGUUUGAAUGCUGAGGCUAGGUGUAUGACAAAGGCAAGAAAGCUCGGGGUUUGUACUCCAGUUCUCUAUGCAGUGGAUCCUCUGCUUCACUCCUUGACACUUGAGUACAUUGAGGGCGUCUCUGUUAAAGACGUUUUCCUUGAGUUUGGAGCCAAUGGGAUUGUCCAAGAACGGUUGGAUGAUGUCGCUGCUCAGAUUGGGGAGGCCAUCGCUAAGCUCCAUGAUGGUGGCUUGGCUCACGGUGACUUGACCACAUCAAACAUGUUAGUCAGAAGCGGAACAAAUCAGCUGGUACUAAUUGAUUUCGGCUUGAGUUUCACAUCGACCUUGCCUGAAGACAAAGCUGUUGACUUAUAUGUGCUUGAAAGAGCCUUACUCUCAAUGCAUUCUUCAUGUGGGAAUGUGAUGGAUCGUAUACUGACAGCUUAUAGGAAGUCCUCAAAGCAAUGGUCAGCCACGUUUAACAAGCUUGCGCAAGUGAGGCAACGAGGGAGAAAGCGGACUAUGAUUGGAUGAGCCGAGGUCUCUAGUGGUCGUGUCCUUGUCUCCUUAAACCUCUGACUACAAAGCCACCCUAUGAUCGAAUAGAGGUUGGAGGACUAUGCAUGCGUUGAAUGUUUUUAAACACAUGUAUACUGCUCUGUUGUGUUAUUCGAUUGCAAUCCAAUUUGUUUAUCAUUACUACAUUGUCAAUUAAGAUUGUAAACCCCAAAAUUUCCAUGUAUGUUUGUUUACCUAUACAUACAUCUAAAGACUUCUUUCUU